AUGGAGAAAUCAUAUAAUCAAUAUGUUACAGAUUCAGCUAUUAAAAUAAGCCUACCUGAAAGAAUCACUCCGUAUCUAAAAAAGGCAUCAAGUCAAAAGAAAAAUGUGACGAACGUAUGUGUGAAAUUGCCUCAUACCGAACGAAAUGUACGACGAAAUUUAAAAUUUUCAGAAACACCGAUUUCCGCGAUAAAAAAUAAAAAAUUUGUAAAAGCUAAUACAAAUAACAUAAGUGACGAUCCAAAAAAGGAAAACUAUUUGUCUACAAGAAAAAGUUUCUUAGUGCCACCGAAUACUAUAAAAGAAUUGCAUAUUAAAAAUAGAUUUAAGCGAAACAGAUCCGAGUUAUCUCAAUUUCGCACUUUAUCAAUGAUUCCUGAAAAUAUAAAUUCUAGCCUAUCCGAAACAUUAGAAGACUGUUCGUCUCAAGUGGAAAAUACACAUGCGCAUGCCGAUGUUGUACAUAUGAAGAACAAAACGUCGCUUACACAGAAUGUGUCAUCGCAAAUGUUUAAUGUAAACGAACAGUCUGGUAUAAAUAUUUUACAUUCUUCUUUCUUGGAUCUUGCAGACACGAGUAGUAAUGCAAUGGAAAAAAUCUCAGAGAAUUUAAAUGCUAAUAAAAUUUCAAAUGUUAAUAUUUGCGGAAGCCAAAAUGACGACUGUAACGUUACAACCAACAGAUCACAGCUAUCAUCUGUAGGUAAUACUGAUAUAAAAAUAGAGGGCAAUCUGUAUAGUGAUAAUGAUAUAGAUCAAAAUAAUGUUCAGAUUAAGAUUCAAGAACAUUCAGAUUCAAAUUACACAGGUUACGAUUCGUCUACGACAUGUGUAUUGCCUGAUACAGACAAAAUAAAAGAAACGCGUUUAAUUAAUGUUGAAAAAAUGAGAUGCUCAUCUACCACUACAAACAUUUAUGGAGAUUUGCAUUCAACUUUGCAAACUGUCAAAUUGAUAAGCGAAUGCUUGAAUUUACAAAGUAGCACUAACGAGGAACAAUGUGCUCUUAAAACGGAACUCACAAUUCUGUCAUCCAAAUUGAAACAUCUUGCCUGCAGACUAGUAGAAGUUGUAUCCGAUAUAACAUUAACGCAAACUAUUAUUACAAAAGUGUUAUCUGCGAUAGAUGCGGAAAAUAUGGAAACUAAAGACAAUAAUGAAAAUAAGAUUAAACAAAUAACAGAAAUAACAGACAACAUUUUUAGAGAAACUUGUAAAACGCCUGGCAUGAGUAGAUCCAAAUGUUUGGAAACAGAUGGAAAAAAUGUUCCCCGGAUACAGCUAGAUCAAACGUAUAUUGCUUCUGAAAAUAAUAAAGAAAACAAAGAAAUUCUAAGCUCACCAAUCGUAAAGCAAUGUAAAGAGUUUAAAUCCGGAACGAGAAGACGUUCCGCACGUCUGAUGGCAAAAGUUUUGGACAAUUUGAAUGUCACAAAUGACAGUUUCGUAAAUUUAGAAAAUGAAUUGGAUAUUAACAUAAAAUCUAAUACUUCAAUUACACCGUUUACAAAUCGUACUCCUGCGAAGAAUAAAUAUAAAGAUAAGAAGAUAGGAAGGCCUUUGAAGGAGUACAUGGUUUUAAAGUCACGUUUAAGUUGUUUGUUGACACCUAAUAUUAAACGAUCUAAUCUUUCGGAAUCAAAAAGUGAUGUUUGUUGUGAAACUGAUGGUACAAAAACUGUUUUAUCAGAUAAGGUACUUGAGGAACUUUGUAAUUUAUAUGGGGAUUCUUUUUAGAUUGAUGAUUUUGUGUAUAGGUAUAUUGUUGCAUUAUUUGGAUUGCGUUAUUUUGGUAAUAUUUAUUUUUAAACAGAUGUAUUCUAGAUGCAAGAAA